CUUGCAAUUAGGUUUCCUAUGCAAUAAAGAGAAGUUUAAAAUGGCAUCUGGUUUUCGCUGUCUUUCCCUCCGGGCCUCAUAUCCUACAACAAGCCCAAUGGUUUGGACGAAAAGUAACCAGUCGAUCGAUUUAGUUGUAAAUAAUCGUGUAUAUGGAGCCGUUAACAAAAAAUUUAAUGGAGUCCAAUGCUAUGUUGAUAAACCAAAGGCAUUAGCCAUCUCCCGUUUCCACAGCCUAGGAGAAUUCAGUUCGAAUGAUAAUCACAUUUCUAGCAAUACAGCUGACGGGCUUUUCCAUAUGGAAUGUAGCCCAAAGAUGGUUGAGAGAAACUAUACAGCUCUUAGUCUGCAGCAGCAUGUUCAAGCAAAUGACUUUGUGAGACAAUUUAAAUCUAACAGCCACUUCUCUCUUGGAACUGAACAAUUGGAGCACUGCCAUUUAAAAAUUGAAGAUGCUCAACUACGACAAACUUUAACUUCAAUGACUGUUGAUCAAUCAAGUUUUGUUGCAUACUUUAGUAGUCAAUUGUCUAACAAUGAAAGGCUUUUGCUCUCAACUGGGACUCCUUCAAAAAAUGUUUCCAACAACAUUCAAAAUCAGGGAUUACCAACACCAUCACAGUUACAGAAUGUCUUUAAUGUUCUCAGCACUACAUUACCCAGAUUGUUUAUUGAACCCAUGAAUUACAAAAUCUACAGUCCAGACAUCGUUUUCGACAACCGAAUCCGAGGAACACGCACAGUUGGGCUGUACCAUUAUGUAAAACAAGUGGCACUUUUACGAUGCGUUGGGCAUUUGAAAUAUGCCUACGUUCGCUUUGAGAUUUUAAAAAUUACUCAACACCCAGAAGAAGGUACUAUUAAAGUGCGCUGGCGCAUAACCGGGAUAUCAGGAUUGAAAGUCCUCUUGCAGUUUUGGCGCUAUAAGCUAUGGCAGUGGAAAGAAAUACUGCAAAAACAAGAAAGUUGGUACGAUGGUUUUUCUACCUUCCACGUAAACUCUAAUGGAGUCGUCUCUCUUCAUGUAGCUGACAAAAUGAUGCCUGAUGACGAGAAAGUAGCUGAAACAAACAAAGGACUGCUAGCUGCAAAAUUAGCACUUCUGCUGGGUCUUCUUCCUCAGCAAAAUUCGAACAAUUUGUCGGAUGUGAUGGAAAACCUGCUAAUUAAUUCAACUGGUAAAGAUCAGGCAUGAAAUGCUUGUUAUAGUUCCUAGUUUAUAUUAGAAUUAAAUAGCAGAAACGUGCUUCUGCUCUUCUUCUGCCAACAACCCAGGUAACUAAUCUUUUCCGAAAAACCUUGGUAUAUAGUUUGUCAAAUGGGUCUGUCAUAAGUAACCUGGUGUAUUGAACUCGGAAAAACUAACGAGAGCAUUUCAAUAAAUGGUCCAGUCCAGAUAAACUCUAAA